AUGUCGGUGGUGCCUCUCGUGUUCUCUGUCCUUGCUGGCAUCGUCACUACUCUCAUCGCCGCCCUUGGCAUCAACCUCUUCACGCGCCUGCUUCCAACCCGUUACCACGCAGCCGAGAACCCUAAAGAUGACCACAUCCAGAUCUUGGUGCUGGGCGAUAUAGGCCGCAGCCCUCGGAUGCAAUACCAUGCGCUGAGCGUCAUGAAGCAUGGAGGAAAGGUCGACCUCGUUGGGUACAAGGAAACGGCCCGCCAUCCGGAGCUUGUUGGCAAUGAGCGGGUUGCGCUGUACCCUCUACCUCCUCUUCCGACUGUAUUCAAAUGGAACACAUUGCCGUUUCUCAUCAACAAGCCUGCCAAGGUGAUCUGGCAAGCUUGGUCCAUCUUUUACGUUCUGGCCUACACGGCGCCCCCAGCCCGGUGGAUCAUUAUUCAGAACCCCCCGUCUAUCCCGACCCUGCACUUGGCUCUGCUUGUGUCUCUGCUGAGGGGAAGCCACCUCCUCAUUGACUGGCACAACUAUGGCUGGUCCAUCAUGGCCACCGGCCGCAGCCAGAAGAACCCUUUAGUAUGGCUUUACAAGAAGUACGAGACCUACUUUGGCAGGAUCGUGCCCACCGCCAACCUCACCGUCACCGACGCCAUGGCGCGCCAGCUCAAGGAGAAGCCCUACAGCAACAAGAAGCCCAUCUUUACUCUGCACGACCGCCCGGCCGAAGUGUUCCAACCCAUCGAAUCAUCCGAUGCUCGCCUCGCUUUUCUCUCACAUCUCAAGGAGACCAAAGACGUUGCUCAGAACAUCAUCGACGGCACUACACGUCUCAUCGUCAGCAGCACCUCCUGGACACCCGACGAGGACUUUGGUUUACUCCUAGACGCCCUCGUCGCCUACGCCCACCCCGAAGAAGCCGUUACCGCAACCGGCGCAGGCAGGCCCCCUAUCUUGGCCAUCAUUACUGGCAAAGGGCCCCAAAAGACCGAGUACGAAGAAAAGAUCAAGAAUCUCCGCCUCGAGGGCAAGCUUCCUGGCGUCACGAUUCUGACCGCCUGGUUGUCCACCCGCGAAUACGCUACGCUCCUCGCCUGCGCCGACCUUGGUGUUUGUCUGCACAUGUCUAGCUCCGGCGUCGACUUGCCGAUGAAGGUCGUUGACAUGUUCGGCUCGGGUCUGCCUGUGGCGGCAUACUCUGCGUACGAGAGUUUCGCCGAGCUGAUCAAGGAGGGCGUGAACGGAUGCGGUUUUGAGACGGCCACAGAGUUGGCCGAGGUCUUGGUUAGGCUGCUAAAUGAAGGUGGCAAGGAUGAGCUGAAGAACCUCAAGGCAGGAGCUGUAAAGGAGGGUAAUUUGCGCUGGGACGAAGAGUGGGACCGCGUUGUCGGACGGGUUGUGGGAGUGGUUGAUAGCUGA